UCUUCCUUUCUUUCUUCGAUCCCCGAUCACCAGCAAAUUUCACAGAUCAUUUGCAAGGGACGUUCCAGGUUUUCCCAUCCGAUGAAAUCCAAGUCCGAGUGUUUGGUAUUAAUUGUCUUGGUCUCAAUUACCUUCUGUGCCGACGUAGCCGAAUCCAAAUGCAGUAACCAAUGUGAUCAUCAUCUAGCUUUAGCUUCGUACUACGUGUCUGAGGGCACAAAUCUCACGUUUAUAGCUACGCUUUUGCAAUCUACUCUUAAUAUUAACGCCGACACUAUUCUGAGUUACAACAAGCAAAAGAUACCCAACAAAAAGGGUACCCAAUUGCAGAAUAUAACAAUCAAUGUUCCGUUCCCAUGUGAAUGUAUCGAAGACGAAUUUCUGGGUUACAUUUUUAACUACUCACUUCAAUCUGGGGACUACUACAAGAAGGUGGCACGCAAAUGGUAUGCGAACCUGACAACAAUCGAUUUGCUGCUGAAAUUUAAUACCUACGACCCCGGUAUGCUACCCGACUAUGGGACGUUGAACGUGCCGGUGACAUGCUCGUGCGGUAACAGCGAGGUUUCGGAGGAUUUCGGGUUGUUUAUUACGUAUCCGCUUCGGCCGGGUGACACACUGGAAUCGGUUACGGCGGAGACGGGGCUUAAUACAAGUUAUACAACCUUGCUGCAGAGUUACAACCCGGGUGUGAAUUUCAGCCAAGGGAGUGGCGUGGGGUAUAUUCCAGGCAAAGAUCAAAAUGGUACUUAUCCAACUCUGCCCUCAAGCUCAAACGGAUUAGCGAGAGGAGUUAUUGCUGGUGCAGCUAUUGGAGGAGUAGCUGGUUUUUUGUUAUUCGCUGCUUGCAUAUAUCUCGGAUGUCACCUUAUAAAGAAGAAGCUGGAUCCGGAGGCGAAGUUGCCUUUGGCAUCAUCUAAAGAUCAUCUAUCUACUCCGAAUGGGCAUGGGCCAGGAAGUACCUUAAACGUCAAGGAUGAGGAAUAUUCAACUAGUAAUCGGCCUCCUUCUGCUGGUCCGCCUUCGGCUUCAGGUCUUGAAGGCAUAACUGUGGGCAUAUCGGUAGAGUUCUCAUAUGAAGAACUUGCUACUGCUACCGAUAACUUCAGUUUGGCUAAUAAGAUCGGUAAAGGUGGCUCUGGGUCUUUUUAUUAUGCAGAGCUGGGAGGCGAGAAAGUUGCAAUCAAGAAGAUGGACAUGCAAUCAUCUAGAAAGUUUCUUGCAGAAUUAAAUGUUUUAACACAUGUUCAUCACUUGAACACGGUGCGGUUGAUCGGAUAUUGUGUUGAGGGGUCUCUUUUCCUGGUCUAUGAAUAUAUUGAGAAUGGCAACUUGAGCCAGCAUUUGCGUGGCUCCUUAGGGAGGGACCCAUUGCCGUGGUCCACUCGAGUGCAAAUUGCCCUUGAUUCAGCCAGAGGUCUCGAACAUCUUCACGAGCACACUGUUCCUCUCCAUGUUCAUCGUGAUAUUAAAUCAACGAGUAUAUUGAUCGACAAGAACUUCCAUGGAAAGGUUGCAAAUUUCGGAUUAACUACUAGUCUUACCAAAGGAAAAGCAUCCCUACUCCCCACCCGUCUUGUGGGAACAUUUGGAUACAUGGCACCUGAAUAUGCUCAGUAUGGAGAUGUUUCUCCCAAAGUAGAUGUAUAUGCCUUUGGGGUUGUCCUUUAUGAACUUAUUUCUGCGAAGCAAGCUGUGUUCAAGCCAAACUGUUCCACUGUUGAAUAUAAGAGCCUCGUGACAUUAUUUGAGGAUGCUCUUUAUCGGCCUGAUAAUCCUAUGGAAGACCUACGCAAACUAGUUGACCCUCGGCUUGGAGAUGACUACCCACUUGACUCAGUUUGGAAGGUGUCCAUGCUUGCUAGAGAAUGUACACUGGGGGAUCCGCAACUACGUCCAAGUAUGAGAGCUGUCGUGGUUGCCUUGAUGAAACUUUCAUCCACAAUUGAUGUCUGAUCAUCAGGAUAAGGAUCAUGUCCAUUCCUAUUUUCAAAAUCAAGCAGUUCAUGACAAUCUCUAGCUAUCUUAUUAUGUUCCCCGUAUUUUCUAAUCGAUGAUCUAGACAAGAAGUACUGAAUCCUCCAUUAAACAAUCCAGAACAACCGACCGCAAAGUCUGUUUCAUAGCUAUGCAUGGUGUGAUCAAUAACAACUCCAUAUAUAGUUCAGUACU